CUGCUCGUCAAACAAUUGUCAUUCCGCCUGAAAAUUUUGGCUUCUGCACUGACGUUUCACCACUUCAUAUACUCAAAAUUCUCGUGAAAAUGUUACAAUAAAAAUUCAACCACAAAAUCCUUAAUAGUAAUGCUCCCAAAACUUAUCGCUAAUAUUAUACGGAAAGAGUUACCAAAGCUAUCAUCGAAACCAAAUCAUGUAAUCAGGUUCAUACGCAGCAAUCAAAACAAGAGGUUAAAUGGACAACCGAAGAGACUGCACCCGAAUUUUAGAAAAUACAACACAAGACUUCCAAAAACUCCAGAUUUGAUAUACAUUCCCCACGUGAUGAGAUGGCUCAAGACAAAAUUUCAGUUCAAAUAUCUACAGAAAAAAUGGGAUCCUGACUUCACAGAAGGAGCUUUCAUCUAUGGCAGCACCAAAGCUGUUUGCAGAAUUACAGAGAUAAUCGCUGACGACAAACCCGAGCAGUUAGAUGAGCUUCUCACCACUGCGGCCAGGAUCAAAUUGGAACUUGACAUGAGGACAAGACUAACCAAAGGCCAAAGGGCGAUAAUCAGACUCAAACCUGAAGACAUCAAAAUCCUGGUACCAAUGACGGUGUCAAUGAGCAGUGAUGAGAGGCAAAAGGACUGCAAAGUUCUAAUGAGAGUUUUGGCAUUGAAAUGGAUACAACAACCGAACGGAGCUUUGAGGUUGGUACUCGUUGCACUGCAGACAGAAUUUUUGAGGAACUACAACGAAGGUGCUAGCCAAGAUUGGACUAUCAGUGCUUUUGAUAUAAUGGAGUGUGCUGUACUUUCUCAAGCGCCACACUGAAGUUACUCAAAUCAAUAAUGUGAAAUGGAAACAAUAUAUGGAUUGAAUAUAAAAUGAACCAUUUUGUUAUUUAAGG